GGGCGGGGCGGGGCGGCUCUGCUAAUGCUGCGGCGGCCGCAAUAGGGGCCGGAGUGGGCAGCAGGGUUAAAAUUCCACUCCUGGUUUGACCGACACUUGCCUUUCAUCAUGGGGGAGCUUUUCCGAAGUGAGGAGAUGACCCUGGCCCAGCUUUUCCUCCAGUCGGAAGCUGCAUACUGUUGUGUCAGCGAGUUAGGAGAGCUUGGGAAGGUUCAGUUUCGUGAUUUGAACCCUGAUGUGAAUGUGUUCCAGCGUAAAUUUGUUAACGAAGUCAGGAGAUGUGAGGAGAUGGACCGGAAACUCAGGUUUGUUGAGAAGGAGAUUAAAAAAGCGAACAUCCCAAUCCUGGACACCGGUGAGAACCCAGAGGUGCCUUUCCCACGGGACAUGAUCGAUUUAGAGGCCAACUUUGAAAAAAUUGAAAAUGAGCUUAAAGAGAUCAACACAAACCAGGAAGCUCUGAAGAGAAACUUCCUAGAGCUGACAGAAUUAAAAUGUAUACUGCGCAAAACUCAGCAGUUUUUUGAUGAGGCUGAAUUGCAUCAUCAGCAGAUGGCGGAUCCAGACCUGCUGGAGGAAUCCUCUUCGCUCCUGGAGCCGAGUGAGAUCGGAAGAGCUGCCCCUCUACGACUUGGAUUUGUGGCCGGCGUGAUCAACCGUGAGCGAAUCCCUACCUUUGAGCGCAUGUUGUGGCGAGUGUGUCGAGGAAACGUAUUCCUGCGUCAGGCUGAAAUCGAAACCCCCCUGGAAGAUCCUGUGACGGGAGACUACGUGCACAAGUCUGUGUUUAUUAUUUUUUUCCAAGGUGAUCAACUGAAAAAUAGAGUCAAGAAAAUCUGUGAAGGGUUCCGUGCCUCCCUCUACCCUUGCCCAGAGACACCACAGGAGAGGAAGGAAAUGGCUUCUGGAGUCAAUACGAGGAUUGACGAUCUUCAAAUGGUGCUGAACCAAACAGAGGAUCAUCGCCAGCGGGUCCUGCAGGCAGCUGCUAAAAAUAUCCGUGUCUGGUUCAUCAAAGUGCGGAAGAUGAAGGCUAUCUACCAUACCCUGAACCUGUGUAACAUUGACGUGACCCAGAAGUGUUUGAUUGCUGAAGUCUGGUGCCCUGUCGCUGACCUCGAUUCCAUCCAGUUUGCUCUCAGAAGAGGCACUGAGCACAGCGGAUCCACUGUUCCAUCCAUCCUGAAUAGGAUGCAAACCAAUCAGACCCCGCCAACUUACAACAAAACCAACAAGUUCACUUCUGGCUUUCAGAAUAUAGUAGAUGCAUAUGGCAUUGGAACUUACCGGGAGAUAAAUCCAGCUCCGUACACGAUUAUCACUUUCCCAUUCCUGUUUGCUGUGAUGUUUGGAGACUUUGGUCAUGGAAUCCUGAUGACGUUAAUUGCCGUGUGGAUGGUGAUUAGGGAAAGUCGCAUUCUGUCACAGAAGAAUGACAAUGAGAUGUUCAACACCAUUUUUAGUGGUCGGUACAUCAUUCUGCUAAUGGGAGUGUUCUCUAUGUACACUGGCCUUAUCUACAAUGACUGCUUCUCCAAAGCGCUUAAUAUGUUUGGCUCAUCAUGGAGCGUCCGGCCGAUGUUCUCGAAAGGCAACUGGACAGCAGAGUUGGUUCAGAACACCCCUGUCCUGCAGCUGAAUCCUGCCGUGGCAGGGGUCUUUGGUGGACCAUAUCCAUUUGGCAUCGACCCGAUUUGGAAUAUUGCAAGCAACAAGCUGAACUUCCUCAACUCCUUUAAGAUGAAGAUGUCUGUGAUUCUUGGCAUCAUCCACAUGCUUUUUGGUGUCACACUGAGCCUUCUCAACCACAUCUAUUUCAAGAAACCACUGAACAUCUAUCUUGGGUUUAUUCCUGAAAUGAUUUUCAUGUCGUCAUUGUUUGGCUACCUUGUUAUCCUAAUUUUCUACAAAUGGUCAGCCUAUGAUGUUCACACUUCAAAGGAUGCGCCAAGCCUUCUAAUCCAUUUUAUCAACAUGUUUCUUUUCUCCUAUGCCGAUCCCAGUAACAAGAUGCUUUAUAAAGGACAGGUAGGGCUUCAGUGCUUCCUGGUGGUUGUCGCGCUGCUGUGUGUGCCAUGGAUGCUGGUAGUUAAACCCUUGGUCCUUCGCCAUCAAUAUUUAAGAAGAAAGCAUUUGGAAGGGCAACCCAUGGAGGGCCAAGUCAGCACAGUCCAGAACGCGCAGGCACUGGAGGCAGCAGCAGCUGCAACAGGAACUCACAACUUCGGUGGGAUCCGGGUGGGCAAUGGACCAACUGAGGAGGAUGCAGAGAUCAUUCAGCAUGACCAGCUUUCUACCCAUUCUGAAGAUGGGGAUGAGCCUGCAGAGGAUGAGGUGUUUGAUUUUGGGGAUACGGUGGUACAUCAGGCCAUCCAUACCAUUGAAUAUUGCCUGGGGUGCAUUUCCAACACAGCAUCCUACCUGCGGCUUUGGGCGCUCAGCCUGGCCCAUGCACAGCUUUCCGAGGUGCUCUGGACUAUGGUGAUCCACUUCGGCCUCAGUGUGAGAAGUUUGGCUGGAGGUUUUGCUUUGUUCUUCAUAUUUGUUGCUUUCGCUACCUUGACUGUGGCAAUCCUUCUGAUCAUGGAGGGCCUGUCGGCGUUCCUUCAUGCGCUCCGUUUGCACUGGGUUGAGUUCCAGAAUAAGUUCUACAGUGGCACUGGAUUCAAGUUUCUCCCGUUCUCAUUUGACAACAUCCGUGAAGGAAAAUUGGAUGAUUAGACCCUCUCCCUCAGCCUAACUGAGCAGUGUUAGACUCAAAUGCUGGUGUGUUGUGCUGUGGUUAGCCCUUGUCCCCUGUGUGUUUGUGUUGUGAAGUUGUGUGUAGCUCCCCUGCCAUGAUGUGCUGCUUCUGAGAAAAUAACUUCUUCUGCAGCGCCCGAAGUAUCUGUCUGAGGCUGUUAAGUGGAGAGCUGUGAUGUCCUGUAGCAGGCUUAGCUGGCAUUGCUUCAGAGUCACUCCUUUCCGCCCUAAGCAAACAGCUUGUUCAGUGCUGGACGUGUUUACAGUGGGGGUUGCAUAGGAAUUGUCUGGACUUGGUGUAUUUAAUCAUGUAUCGGUUUAUGAUAUUGUACAGUAAGUAGCUCCUUGGCAGAUUCCCG